GUCUAUUGAGAGGUCAGGUAUGGUUGAGGUAAAGGCGUUCAAACCGUAUAAGCAGAGGCAUCGUGCUCUGGUUCUAGUCAGUCUGCAAAUUGGCCGGCGUUGGCUCUGAACUUCCUGCUUAUCCCAAGGCUCCACCUCUUCUUACCUUAUGAGCGUUGAUGUCUAUCUAUGUACUGAUAUAACCAUUGUAUAUCUCCUUCCCUUAUUUAACAUAAUAAUAACAUUAAUUAUACUAUCCACACACACUCUCUUACAUCGCAUGAACUCUGAUUCUGAAACCCUAGUUCCACGCCAUUGCAGCUCCUUCACAGCCUUUUUUUUUCUUCUCUUCUCGCCUUGAGUCUCUGGCAGUUACGAAACUCCGACACAGGCAAGAUUCCUCUGACAAUGCACGCUUCUCUUGGAUUUUUAGCUUUAUCUGUUUGAAUUCCCCAUAUUUUCAUCGACUCGGAAGUUCAGGAAAUUACUUUUGAAUGGAUGAUAUAAACGAGGUGGAGAUGGAGGAUAGAGAAAUACAGGGGUCAAGUUUGGCGGUUGAUGGACAAGAUUCUGAGAACAACCUGGUUGAUGCGACAGUUGAACCCGAAAGUGAAGAAUCACCUCGCUCUGAGGAUGCAGGUGACCAAAAUACCAACAGAAGAUGGGAGGAGGAGAAACAACCUAGCAAAAAUGAGGCUGAAGGCGAAGAACCUAAUGAAAAUGUAGUAGAACCACCUCUAGAAAUGCCUGUGAAUGAGGCCCACCACAGCGACGAUGAUGGAUUGGUAAAUGUACAAGGGGAGCUUGACCAUAAAACCACUGCCGGUCCAGCUGCUGUCGAUGGUGAUGCUGGUCUUAGUGAAGUUCCAGAUAGUAAACAUGAUUGUGAUGAUACUAGUAUUGCAAAUCAGCAUGAACUCACUACACCCAAUUCCAUUGUGAAAUGUUCAAAUGCUAAAGCUCAAGAUGACACCAGCGAAACACCCAAGAAUUGGGUGAAUGAAAAGAAGAAGGCUGAGGAUGAUGAAUCUGGAACACCAGAAGACCAAGCAGCAUUUAUGAAAGAUCUGGAAAUUUUCUACAGGGAAAGGGCCAUGGAAUUUAAACCCCCCAGGUUCUAUGGGCUGCCACUAAAUUGCCUCAAGUUAUGGAGAGCCGUCACAAGAUUGGGUGGAUAUGAUCGGGUGACUGCAUCCAAGUUAUGGCGCCAAGUAGGAGAGUCAUUCCACCCCCCCAAGACCUGCACGACAGUGUCUUGGACAUUCCGCAUAUUCUAUGAGAAGGCACUUUUGGAAUAUGAAAGGCAUAAGAGCCAAAGUGGUGAGCUUCAACUUGCUGUUGCUGUCAUCCCCGAGCCUUCAAGUGUUGAAAAUGAGGCAAAUGGUCACCAAGCUCCAGGAUCAGGUAGGGCUAGGAGAGAUGCUGCAGCUCGUGCUAUGCAGGGUUGGCAUGUCCAGCGUCUUUAUGGUUAUGGCGAGGUUGGUGAGCCAAUUAUCAAGGACAAGAACUUCAAUCAUAUGCCGAAGCGUGAAAAAAAUCUUAAAAGCAUUGGUUCACUUAAACACAAAAGAUCAACUGAGGUGGAGCAUGCUGUGAAAGCUGCACGAACUGAAACUGCUAAGCAAUUGGUGACAACAGUUGUCGACGUUGGCCCCCCUGCUGAUUGGGUGAAGAUCAAUGUGCGUGAAAAUAAAGAUUGUUUUGAGGUUUAUGCUUUAGUUCCUGGACUUCUGCGCGAGGAGGUGCGAGUUCAAUCAGAUCCAGCUGGACGUUUGGUUAUAACUGGUCAGCCUGAGCAGCUUGACAAUCCAUGGGGUAUCACAGCCUUUAAGAAGGUAGUGAGCCUACCAGCCAGAAUUGAUCCGCUUCAGACGUCUGCGGUCGUUAGCCUGCAUGGCCGACUCUUUGUUCGUGUCCCUUUUGAGCAGUCCGAAAUGUGAACUUGAUAUGUCCAAAAAUUAACGAAUGGGUUGACCAAGUUUUGAGAAAAAAUCUAACGUCAUUUGAAGUGAUCGAAGUAUGAAGUUCAGAUUGGAGCAAAAACUGGCAUUUGCUGAUUAGGCACGAACUAUCUCAUGAGUAUUCAACUUAUUUUAUAUGUUUGAAUUUUAAGUUAGUUUGGAGGUCUUGUGAAUAAAAUAUAGUUUGUGGUGCUUCUUGUAGGAUAUAUCGAAUUCAAAUUAUUUGGACUUUCUAAUUAUUCUGGUGCUUUUGUGUGA